AUCGAAAACAACUGAACAGCUGAGCUGAUAUUGCUUUUGCUCCGGACUCCAUUCAUUCAACGACGCAGUUACGUUGUCCCGAGCCAUAGUGUCUCCCAUAGUUGUGUGAUUCGCCGUGCUCUGUCCCAGGAAAUCGCUACCGCGGGCAGGAUUUCACCCCGAUUGACGUUCUGAUCACUAUGAAGCUACCUACUUCUGAGACAAGCGCACCGUCUCUUAACGCUGGUUCGGGAAACGGGUAUUACGGUCAGAAUAACCACACAGUCAUGGUCAUCCUCGCCCCACCAAGUCCAGACCCAGCUCAGAAUGGAGAUUUCUCUGAAUAUUUCUGGAUGGAAAAUGAAGAAGAAUUCGACCGACAGGUGCUGAAGGAACUGGAGGAGGAAGCCUUGAUGGAGCAAUGCAUGCAGGCAAUGAUCGAUGACAAUUCAGCAAUGGACAGCCCACCUGCACAGUGGCAACAGGAAGAUGUCAAUCCUGAAGUGCAGAAUGGACCCAGUUCAGAGCUGAUAAUGGCAAUGAGAGGUCUGCAAGUAAAUGGUGAGGCUGCUCAGGAUCAACCAAAGUCAGAGGCAAAGGGAAACCAUGAGUUCAAGUUCAAUCCCAUGGCAAAGGAGUUCAUCCCAGGCAUGCCCUUCUUUCGUCCCAGUGGCCAGACAUCCGACAGGAGUCCCCAAUUCUCAGAAUUAGUUGAUAAUCAACCAGAUGCAUAAUUAUUUUGUGUUCAUGUAUGAGUCUAACCGUACGGAAUUAGAGUGAUUUAUGCUCUUCUGCAAUGUGCGGUAGAGCUGUGUAUAAAAGAGAAUGGUUGUGUGAAAACUUUGUGAAAUAACAGUAUUUUUUCUUUUAUUUUAUGGAAGAAACUAUUUAAGCAUUUAAUGCUUUGAUUUCACAUCCAUGUUGGAUAUUAUGUUUCCUACAUACUUUUUUUUGUUUUUGUUUUCUUUGUUAAACUUCUUUCAUCUGUAUAUGACUACAAAUGGAUCUGUUGCAAUUGUAUUUGUACACCUUGGUGGAUUUCAACAGAUAGGCUAUCUUUGCAAAGUUGAUCAAUAAGUCUGCCGUUUCAUGAUUUUUAUGAUUAUUUGUUUUUAUUUGUUUUGGAGGUACGAGUAUUGGUACUGUACUAUUUCUAAUCAAUUUCUCAGAUGUUUGCCAUUGUAUAUGUUUUUUUUUUCCCUUUUAUGUUGUUUAUCAUGCAACUUCAUUGAAUCUGUCAUAUGAAUUCCUUCUCUUCUUGUCAUUAUAAGACUUGAAAAUGAUUGUGAUGAAUUAUUUGUCUACUGCUGUGAUUAUCUUUGUGCUCAGCCAUGGAAUGAAAUCGUCCAAGCUGUACAGUUGGUUUUCAUGUAGGAUUUUAUGAUCCUAGCAUGUGCUUCUUAGGGUCUAAACUCAUCACUGUGUGAUCAUCUUUCUUUUGUAUAUUUGUGUGUGUGACUGCUGGUGACUGCAAGUGAGAGUAUGUGUGUGUGUGAUGUACAGAGUGAAUGUGACUUUGCUGAUAUGUUAUUGCCCUGUGCAAAUGUGAGAGAAUGUGAUAGUCCGUCAUAUGUUGGAUUAGUGUGUUGGGUGCUGCAUGAGGUACUGUCCUUCUGUAUUCUGUAUGGCUUGACUCAUAAUUUGGGAUUAUCAAACAAUGAUGAAAAUGUAUCCAUGACAAGAUUCAGGUGUCUGUCAGAAAAAAUUGUAGUUGUUUUAGUUUUAGCUGUCCUCAAAUAUUUUAAAUGUCAGUUUGUGGUUUGAAUCUCUGCUUUUUUGUAACUUUUAUGUGUUUUCAAAGAUCCUUUAACUUACUUCACUUAAGUUUGUAUUUUGGUGGUCAUGAUGGAAAGUAAAUUGGAAUGUGGUUAUUAUGCUGGGCGCCCAUAGUGCCAAGUUGCUGUGCUGUUUGGAAAGCUUAAAGUUUUGAUUACAAAUCACGUUUGACCGACUUUUCUCUUGUAGCCGCUUUACCUUAAUGUUUGGACAACGAUUUAUGGAUUAUUGCAUGUGCAGUUUAAACAGUAUAUUAUUAAUUAACUUCUGAAAUAUAACAACUGAGGAUGGUCAAGAAGUAAUGACAAUUUGCAGACUGAUCUAUCGUAAUUAAAGGAACAAGUUAAUUUUUGCAAGUGGCUUAAACUAUUUGCAUUGAUACCUGUAAUCUACUUAAUAUGUUCAAUACUUAUUGUGUGAUUUAAUAAUAUUAUCAAAUGUCUAUCAGUGUACUUGUUAUAAGGCAAAUGAUGCCAUGUUAAAUUGUGUUUCAAAGUUGCAAAUUCAUGUUUGAAACUACUUGACCAUCCCCUUUGAUUUAGCUGUAAGACUAAAGUCAAAAUAAAAAAAAGAUAAACAAUGUUAAAUUAAUAAAGAAUAGGUGUUGAACUGGAGCACUUUGGAUAGUGUUGAGUCAACAUUGCUCUAAAUGUGUUGUUGGCCUGUUCAUUUUCUUAUUUGAAAAAAUUAAAAACAAUUAGUAGAUCCUAAGUCUAUCAUUGCUACUAGCUUUAAUCUUUUAAGUAAAUGUGAAAUGCUUCAAUUAAAUUGCUGUACUUCCUGUGCCUGUAGAGUGCAUUUAGUUGCAAAAAAAAGAAGAGGGAUAUGGUCGAGUUGCCUUUGCGAGGGGUGCUGGGAAGAGUGCCUUUGUGGCGGAAAUUCUGUUACAUUAAGAAACCUUUGGGCUAUGUUGUUUGUAUAAUAGCACGAAUGUGUUGACUAGAUUUACUUAGAAGCAUCAAUAUUUUUUUUAAUGAGAAUGUGGGGAUGGAUCAAGUUAAUGAUAAAUUAAUGUUAGGCAAAGGUUUAAGACAUAAAAAAAUUUGUAUGUCUGGUUGUUAGAGAAUCUUUAUUUGUUACCAGUUACAAAGAAAAAAAAACAACAGUCUAUCUAUAUUUUACUAUGUUAUGUGAAAAUAUUUAUGACGGAUGGAGAACUUGUGUCCUAGAUGGUGAUCAAUGGGCUUUGUGUGGUGUGGAGGUCCUUUGCAAUCAUUUGAGAUUUUCUUGAUAAUAUCACACCACUUUGCAGCCAGUGUUCCCCUCCUUAGCAAAUCAGAUUACCAUCUAGGACACAGUGUGUUGUGCUGUCUGUUGAAUUUUAAGAUUUAUCACUAUCAGAGUUUACAUGAUUUGUGCAGGGCAUGUGGCACAUUUGCUGGAACAUCACUUAGAAUCCUUAAAUAGAGACGUGCGAAUGUUUCGAAUCGACUUGGCCCUGAUUCAAUUAGUUUCUUUUUGAAAUGGGAAAAGUCCCCAUGUGUCACUGAAAGGUUUAAAAAUUUUGAAUCUGACAGGUUUAAUGUUGAACUUUUAGUCUUAAAAGAACUAUGAUUCAAUGUCUAAUAUUUUUUGUACUAUACGAUUCAAUUAGAAAAUUUAGAUUCUAUAUGAUUUGGCAGAUUCGAUUUGACCAGAAAAUCCUUGAUUCGCACAUCUCUAUCCCUAAGUUAGUGGUUUAGUUUCCUAUCAUAUUAAAGACUUAAAAUUUUAUUUGCUGAAAAUUUACUGCCCCUUUCUUGCUGUUUUUCAUUGCAAGGUGGCAGAUAGGAUGGGGGCUUGAUGCGCACACGGGCGUGAGGUAAAUGAGAUUAUUUAACAUUGCCACAAGUGUUCCAAGCUGAAGGAGCCAGCAAAUUUUCUGUAAAUUUGAUCUCUAUGCCUGCUCAUUUUGCGAGAUGUCUUCCUGUUGCACUGAUGUAAACAUCUAAGGGGUAGACAGACAGCAGCCAGGAUUCCUUUGGAGUUGACAUCUUGUGCAAAUGUUCUGAGGCAUCCUGAAGUGUUGGCCGCCAUACCAACAUACUCUUUAGUUAGUCAACACUAGUAAACCAGUCUUCUAUUCAAUCUGAUUAGUUUUUGUGUACUUAUAAAAGUGUUUACUUUUCAAAUCCAUUACUAUCAAAAUUACCAGUAGUUGAAAUAAUGUGUAAGUACAAAAACCAAAAAAAGGAUAUAAGGUUAGAGGGUGAAAACUAUAAAAAUAAGAAGAAAAGUAUUGGUUGGUAAUUUUCUCUGUUCUGAAUCAUGAAUAUUUCUCCUGUUGGUCGUUGUGCAUUUGGUAUGAAACUGAAAAAAUAUGGCAUUUGCUGUUUGUGAAUCUAGCCAAUAUUUGAUGAAAGCAGAGCAGAGAAGUAAAAAUCGCUUAAUGAUCGUCUUGAAACUUGUUAAAUGCAAGGAAGCGUCUGAUUGCGGAGUCCCAUGAAAAUGACAUGUCAUGUGGUGGCAAGACUUUGAGAGUUGAGUCGUGUGAUUGUUUUGUAAAGUGGUGAUUAUUUGCAUCUUGCUAGUCUUGACAAAGGAGAGACCUGAUUUAUGUGGAUCGAGUGAAGAUUAAAGAAAGUGGAAAAGUA